AUGACAUCUACUAAAGAAGAGGACAGUAGUCCCUCUGGUUUUGGGCAGAGAGAUUUUUCCACUGAAGAGUAUCAAGCCGUACAGAACGCACUUCGCCAAAGACUGGGUCCUGAGUUUAUUAGUCAGCGUGUUGGAGCUGGUGGUCAGAGGCUUGCCUACAUAGAGGGUUGGAGACUGAUCAACCUGGCCAAUGAGACGUUUGGUUUUAACGGUUGGUCACACACAAUUACUAACCAGACUGUUGAUUUUGUUGAUCACUACAAUGGCAGAUUCUAUGUAGGUGUCAGUGCAUUUGUAAAAGUAAAACUAAAGGAUGGUGUUUACCAUGAGGAUAUCGGCUAUGGAGUGAGUGAAGGUAUGAAAUCUAAAGCUCUGUCCAUAGAGAAAGCAAGAAAGGAAGCUGUGACUGAUGGCCUGAAAAGGGCUCUGAAGAGUUUUGGAAAUUCUCUUGGAAACUGUCUUGGAGACAAGGACUACUUAAAAUGUAUCAACAAAGCCCCAAAACCAACACCCCAGGCCUAUGAAAUAGCCCACAUGAAACACACAGAUAUUGAUGUAGAUAUCAGUAAAGUUCGGAGAAGUGGACGUAUAGGGAUGGACCAGGGUAAAAGAACAUGGGGAACCGUCACGCCGUUACACCCCCAAGCUGACUCAGGUAUUAGUGCAGACACAAGAGAAACAACCCACAGCACUACAGGCAGUUCAAGGGAGGCAACUACACACAGUGGACCAUCUAACACAAACUCUGGACGAUCCACCAAAUCUGAAUGGACCCCAGCUGAACUUGUGUUUGCGGGUCCUGAAACUAAUACAUCCCAGGCUUCAUCAGUACACCAGGUGUCCACACGUCGGGGCUCCCUACCUGCCAAUCAAAAUAAGACCCCUCUCCUGCCCCCUAGUGGAGAAUUCUGGUCAGUCCUCGACCAGUCACAGGAGGACACUCUCUGUACAGUUAGUGGACCCUCAGUAUGGAGAUAA